AUGUCGCUGCCGUCACCUACCCCCUGCCGCCCUGACCCAUCCCCCGCAACCCACACUCCCACGGCACUGCCGCCCUCACCGACCCCCCCCUCCCGCGACCUCUGCUCCUAUGGUACCACCACCCUCACCCACCCCCGCGACCCACCCCCCGUAGUGCCGCCGCCCUCUCCAACCCCCCACAACCCCUGCUACCACGGUGUCGCCGCCCUCACCCACCCACACCCCCUCUAUAGGUCCCCCCCCAUCUGUGCUCCUCUCUUCAUUUUCUUCCCCUCUGGCAGUCAAAAUUCCUUAAAUAUUAAAGAGAGGGAGAGGGAAGCACCCUUACCUCCGGCAGAUAGCAAUGCUAGUGGCGGAGAAUCUGACGGAAGCGAUGGUGGAAGCUGGCGAUGGUGGAAGCCCACGAUAGAAGCCUGCGACGGUGGAUCCCCGAGAUGGUGGAAGCCCACAUCGGACGAUGAUGGAGAUGCAGUCGCCAGUGGGAAGAGAAGGGGAAAGAGCUCGAAGAGGGAGAAGAAGAGGUUUUCGUGGGAAGGAAAGCGAUGGGUUACGAGGCUCCACGGGAAGGGAAGUGACAUCGACUUGAUGU